UGUAUAAUGUGUUAAGCUGUUGACAAUUAUAGGAAUAGAAAUUAAAUCUGGAAGUAUGUCGUUAUGAGAAAGCGUCAAAAUGGCAGCUUUCGGUUUACAUCUGGGCACGUGUUCAGCUUGCUUAGCAGUCUAUAGGGUAAGAAAUUAAUUAGCUAUUCGCAAAAAUAUUGAAUGAGAAACGAGUCUACCCUUUCAGAAAAUAUUGCUUCUCGUUAAUUACAUUAUGAAACGGAAGGCUCAGUUUCUACUACAAAUGUAUGUGAAGCUGCAGGUGCUAUUCAAACUUCUAUUAUUUUUUGUUUGUUUAUGCUUAGGCCUUAGGGAAGAGCUGUCGCGUAGGCCCUGCAACUUCUGCGGCUGCAGGGGACCUAAUAUAUUUAACCCUUUGGAGACGGAGCCUUUUCGGGCUGUCUGUGCCACAAAGACGGAGCACUUUCUACAAACUCGGCACUCACAUUGCUAAAAAAAAUUAUAAAAAGUAAAAUAUUUAUUUUAGACAUAUAUAAACUAGGUCUAGGUAAUCUACCACUUGAGCGUCGGCCAAGAAAAAAUCCAGCUGGUCCUGUUUGAAGGGCUAUUUAAACAACGGUAAUCUACCUCUUGAGCGUCGGCCAAGAAAAAAUCCAGUUGUUCCGCUUGGAAGGUGUGAAUUGUAAAAAAAAUGUGCUAAUUAUUUAAAUUAUUUUAAGAAGAAAAAAUAAUUUUCAAUAAACUAUCUAACUAUGCUGAUUUCAUAAAUUGAAAAAUGGAAAUUUUGCAAAAAUAAGAAUUGAUUUAAAAAAUAAAUUAAACGAAUUGUCAUAUUGAUAUAACAUUGCUCCCGACCUUGCCACCAAUUUAACACAAUUUUAUAAUAAUAUGUCACAAUAUGUGAACUAUUCCCAAGUUCUUAGUGGUUGAAAAAUGUACUAGAACUUCCUAUAGUAUAGCCUAUAGCCUCAUUAGAAAUUCUAGGAAAUUUUGCUUGAAUAGUAUGUGAUCAAAGAAAAAGUGACAUAUUUUACUUAUAGUUUCAGGUACAUUAGUAAAUUUGCUGUGGCACACCUUGCAAUCGUUUCACGGCAGACAGUUGUGCUGCGGCACACCGGUUGUGGAGCUCUGUUUUAGAGUAUCCCAAAAAAAUUUUUAAAGUAAGAAAAGAAAUAAUAAAAAAAUAAGCCCACUGACGCCACUGUUGUUUAAAAACCGCUUCGUCAUGUGAUGUAUUGUAGUAGAGCUCCUAUUUAAUUACUAACUUCAGGGAGACAAAUCAAAUCAAUUGAUGAUUGAGUUUGUUUAACUUUGUUUUUCAGGAUGGGAAGACUAAUGUUAUUGCAAAUGACCUUGGAGACCGUGUUACCCCAGCUGUUGUUGCAUUUACAGAUAAUGAAAUAGUAAGUAAUAUAGCACUAUAACAACAUAACAAAUGAUAUACGUUUUUUUGGAAAUAAAUUUUCUUCAGCAAAAAUUUUGAUAAACCUUGAUUUUACACCAUAGUAGUAAGUUUUACUAAUCUAUUUAAUUAUGAUAUCUAAUUUAUUUUUUUGAAAACAAUGUUCACUAUUUUCAGUGUGUUGGAGCAGCUGCUAAGCAAGAAAUAAUUCGUAAUGCAACAAACACAGUUUGUCAUGUCAAGCGCCUUGUUGGAUGCUCCAUUGAUGACCCCCAAGUCAAGGAAUAUAUUGAUACCUCAAGUGUUCAUGUUAGUUGAAAUUUUACCUACUUAACUCCACAUUUUCACGAUUUUUACAUAUUUGUUCAUUAACAUGUUUGGUGUAUGCGGGUAGCUGUAAAGUAACUGGCUUGAUUACAGAUAUUUUUUUGUAGACAUGACAAUUUUUUAAUUUCAUUUAAUAUCUCAGUGUUUCAAUUCAUCAUCUGUCUCACUGAAAUUAAUAUUAUUCUAGUUUGCAGUCACCAGUCAGACUUGGCUGACUCCCAGAAUAAUAAUACAAUUUUAAAAAAAAAAACAUUUGUUCACAUUCCUAAACAAAUACACCUAUACAAAGACAAUGUUAUAUGACUAUGGCAAAUGGUUACCCACUCAGGUCUUACCUCCUGCCCAGAAAAAUAGCUGUCGGGGGGGGGGGGGGCGUCAAUCCUAUCUAAUUCAAUUCUGAUUCCACUUUGUAGAGAGGCAGGCAGGACUGACACAAAUCUAAUUUGAUUUUGUAGACAAUUGAUUAAAAAAUGGCUGAUUCUAAUUUUUGUUUUCUCUGUCUUAGGUGGUAAAAGAUACAGGAAUGCCAUUGUUUGAAGUUGAACAAAAGGGCAAGACAAUCAGAUACAGUCCCAGUCAAAUUAUGGAACUCAUUUACAAGAAGUUAUUGGGUAUAUUGCUCUUACUGUUUUUAAGCAACAAUAUCAUUGUUUAAAUGUAUCAUGGUUUAUGGUGUAAUAGGCUUGAUAAUUGAACACAUUUAUAGUUUAAUAACCGUGUAGCUUACAUUGCUCAACCUGAUAAUCUUUCCGUUAGUACACUUUAUUUCAGACAUAAUACUUUAAAGUAUUUUUAAAAAUUCAUAGCCACUUUUCUCCACUAAUGAUUUUCUUAACAUUAAGACAAAAAGUUGGAUUACCUGCUAAAAUUCAUUUAACUUGAUAUAAUUUUUCAUGUCUCUUUCUAGAAACUGCACAAAGCCAUGGCGGAAGUGGUAUUCAGGAUGCUGUAUUAGCAGUACCCCCAGAUUUUGACAUGAAGCAAAGAAAUAUUGUCAGGUGCCCAUUUAUUUUAACUGUCAAAGCCAUUAAACCACUGCCAGUUUGUUUUAAUAUAUUUUAUAGUCUCUUAAAUAUAAAAUACAAAAUUUUGAGCAAUUUAAAUGUAUUCUUUAAAUCAGAUCCUAACAUAUUUCCAUAUGCACUAAUAAAUAUUUGUAUACAUUUUGUAAAGUACAGGUACUCGAAUUUAAAAAAUUGUUUGAAAGAACUGGGAUUUGUUGAGUCUAACACUAAAUAAUAAAACUAAAAUUAUGUGCCUGGCUUACAUGAACAGGACUGUUAACACUUCUGGUACCGACCUAAUUUUUGCUAUGUAUAGCCUCAGUACCUGCUAUUAUUUUGCUAAUUAUUCCCUGUUGCCUAGACAUUAUUUUGGAAUGAGCUAAAAUUUUAUAGGUUUGCAAAUUAUUUUGUAACGUUUUUGUUUUAAACAAUUGAUAAUAACAUGUAGAGAAUUCUCUGUUCAGAAAUGGAUUAGGGUGUUACAAGUACUAAUGUGUUUUGUUCAAACUUUUCAUUGGCAUUGUCACGUUAGGAGAUUGUGUGGCUAGCACAGUGCCCAGUAAAUCUUACUAAAUCAAUAUCUACGUUGGCACUAGUCUAAAACCUGUCAAACCUACAGGCUCCGUAGGCAUAAAUUUUGAGCUAUAGUUGACCUAUUUCAUUAAAAAAAAUUCAGCCCCCUCUCCCUCAUCAGAAUCAUCUAAUUCCAAUUAAUGCUCAAUAAUAAGUUUCAGAACAAAAUGUUUCACCAAGGGGGGGCAUAAGUCGUCAUCAACAAUAGCGCUAGGUAGUUCCAUGGAAACAACAAAUACAGAUCAGCACAAAAAAACUCAGUAAUUGGUUAAUUUUCAUUAUUUAAAGGCAAAAUAAAAUUCGGCUAUUCCCCUAAGGAAUAAACAUUCUGCCCGAGACUAAGGUGAAAGAUUAUAUCCUCGUUUUUGUGUUUGUAUUAGAUACCCCCUUAUGUGGCAAAAAGGCGCGCUUGGGCUAAGGGGAAAAAAUUGGCUGGUGAAAAAAAGAAGUGCUUGGGAAAAAGCACGUCACUGCAAAGAGUACUGUAAGGGUUAAAAUGAAUCAGAAGUUUAUUCAAAUCAUAGGGUCAACUGAUAAAAAUAUCAAAAGAUUGUAACAAGCCAUAGUUGCAAAAGAUACUUCAAGUCAUUUAAGAUUAUUCGACUUAUGAGUAUCUACUUCCUUUUUUUUUUUUUUCUUUGAGCCCUUGCUAUUUGAAUUUUGCAGGCCAUUUUAUCCAACUGCUAGAAUGUUAAAAAUAUUUUUUGUAAAAUAUGAAGUGACCUCUGUUCAGUAUUGCUUCUUUAUAUUUAUUUUUUUUACCUUUGUAGACCGUCCUAUUUACUGUUUUAUGGGUCUUAAAAUUGGCUUUGGACAACAGAAAUAGACUGUUAAGAUUAUUUCUGUCAUACAAUAAAAAGGGAAAUUUAGCUCUUUAAAUACCAUGAUUAAUAAUAAAAAAACAAAACAAUUUUUUAUCAUUAUUUUGUAAAAAAAAAGCUAGGUCACAUCUCAUAUUUCUCCAUCAUUUAUUAGAGAUAAUUUUCUUUACAAAAGUUUGAAAAGCAAUUUUUCAAACUGACUCUCUAAUCUUAAAAAAUCCAAAUUUGUAGCGAGGCUGCCAAACGAGCCGGCUUCAACAUUCUUCGAGUCAUCAAUGAACCAUCUGCAGCGAUGUUAGCUUUUGAUGUAGGUCAGCUUGAUCAGACGGAACAUUUGUAAGUUUUAUUUAUCUUUCUUCCUUCUAUUAAUAUAGGGGUCAAACUUGCUCUAUAACUGUUGAACUAAAAUGAUUCAGCAUUAUGUCAUGUGAUAUGUAACUGAAUACUAUUUAAAGUACCUGACAGCUUUAAAAAUCCUAUCAACUUCAUUAUUGAUACUAUUUAUACUGUUCGCUUGGGGUCUUGUCUGAUUUUCCUUCUUCUCUUUCAAUUUCCCAUCAUUCAGCAAAGCUCUUGUGUAUCGCCUUGGGGGCACUUCCCAUGAAGCUGUAGUAUUUGAUGUUGAACAAGGGAUGUACAGGAUUGUUGCUGAAGUUGCUGACUACCAGUUUGGUGGUGACAAAUUUACUGAAGUUUUACAACAAUUUUUAACUUCAGAAUUUAACAGGUAGAUUUAUUAAAAACUAGAAUGAGAGGAACAUAAGACAUAAUAAAAUAAAUAAUUCUUAUCAUUAUAAUAUGGUGCAAAUAACUGUUAUUUUUAUAACAACAAUAAUUAUUUAAAAUUUUAUUAAAUUUCUUAAGUAAAAAAAAUAGUUUUGGUAAUAAAUAAGCUGUCCAUAUUCCCCAACAGGCAAUUCCGAUGCAAUAUGUCAGAUAAUAAAAGAUCAGUGAGCAAACUAGGCCUAGCUGCUGAACGUUGUAAACAUUCAUUGACCACCAUGAUAACAGCUCAGUGUGCUGUAGAUUCAUUGUUUGAGGGAUGUGACUUCCACUACAAUAUGAGCAGGUCUGUUGAUGGCGCUACAGUUUUAUUAGCUCUGCCUCUAAAUUAAAAUAUCAAAAGUCUCAAGCUUUUUUCUUCUUUUUUAAUCAAAAUUAAUCCCCAAUAGGCUUUUCUGAGCCAAGUAAAUGAGUAAUUUCAUAUCUGUUUCAUUUAUAUAUUUUUCCUUCUCCACAUAAUUUUAGGGCCAGGUUCGACAGUCUCUGUAUGCCUUCAAUAACAAAGUGCACCAGUCUAAUAGAGCAGGCUUUGUUCAAGGCAGGAUGUCCUAAGGAGGAAAUUGCUAAGGUAACUAAUUGACUAUUUAUCACACAACACAAUAGUGUAGAAUUGUUCCUGAGCUAAGUUUUGGGUUGUGAAAGUUUGCAUGAAAAGCAUAUUAAGUUAAUAUACGAAUUAUAAAGGGUUCUAAUUAUCUUGGUAUUUAUCUUUAAAAAUGUGUUCUUUCAGGUAAUUAUCUGUGGUGGGGGUGCAAAGCCACCCUUGGUCAAAAAGGUUAUACGAGACUAUCUUCCGUCAUCUACUUUCCUCAACUCAGUGCCUGAAGAUGAAAUUAUUGCCAUUGGAGCAGCUAAAGAGGUAUGUUCCUUGAGUGUAGACUAUAUGAGCACUCAAUCAAAUACACUUGAGCAAUCGAGUUUCUAUUGUAGUAUAAAACAAAACAUUUAAUUUCGACAAAAUAGUGUAAGAUGACAUUCCCUGCAUGGUAUAUAUGAUCAUAAUGUUCUGACUUGUUCUCUAUCAGGCUGCUCUACUUGUGGGGGGCAAUGAUGCUGACAAUGUGAGAAUUGGAAAUGACACUUCCAGUAUAAAUUUCAAAAUUUUGCCAAAAUGUAUAUCUAUUCGGGUAAGGAUGCAGUGCGAUUAAGUCCUCUCAAUUAUUUGUGUUUAAUUUUCAACAUUUUUACUUCUGUUUCGUUUUGAAAACUGCUUUGUGUUAAUAUGUUUACUAAUCUCUGAGUGGUCAACCCAGAUUUUUAAAGUUGAGCUAAAGUCACCUCCGUCAAAUUUAAUAUGAUUACAGAGCAGUUCAGAGGAGUUGGAAGUUGUUAUUCCUCAGCACAGUCUGGUGCCGUGUCGCAGACAACAUACUUUGACCCUUGACGCACAUCAGACUGCUGUUUUACUGGAAAUUUAUCAGGGUGAUGAACCAGCUUCUUUGGAAACAUCGCAGCUUUUGGCCAAGGUUUGUUGUGCAGUGGCAGAAUAUUAUUUUUAAAACGACAAUUUGAGAACAGCUUAAUUGUUAAAACUUAUCUAUCUUGGGUGCUCUUUAUAGGAAUUGAAUGUCUUGUAGUUAUUAAAGUUUUUGGUUGGUUUUUUUUUACUAGCUUUAAUUUUAUAUUUACAACAUCAUUACAUCAUUGUCAUAUGAUAGAAUCAAUGAGCCAAUGAGGAUUUAUCGAUAUUCUUGUCUGGUUUUUUUUUUGGUUUUUUUUAAACAUUUUUUUUUUUAAAUUUUGAUUUCUUACUCUGUUUACAGUUGGUCAUGCGAGACUUACCUCCGGGAUCCUCCAUAAAAUCUAACUUCCAUUUGAAGCGGUAAAGUUUUUCUUGUUUUCUAUUAAUAUUUGUACAUAUUUUAUUGUCUUACUUUCUUAAUCAUACAUGUCAUGUGAUUAAAGUUAAAUUAAUCUGUGGUUGUGGGCAAUUGGCACCAUAAUAUAAUAUAAGUUUUUAAUUUUUAGUUCAUCUGGGCUCUUUCCCCUUCAUGAAUUUUCUUGGUGGGGAAACAUGGGACUGAACCAAAAAUCUGUAACUUGAGCCAUAAAAAUAUACCUGUCAAUAUAACAACAGUAAUAAUAGAUUGUUAAACUCAGAAGACAAACUUACGUAUCUUUUUUUAAUUAAAUAAAUAUUUUAUUUUUAGCAUUCAAAAACUUAUUAAUGUUCACCUGAAUCCUUUCCUGCUCUUAUCUCCUAUAGUGUAUUUUAUAGUGUAUCCCUUUCGAUUAUCGUUGGUCACUAUUUAAUUGUAAAUGUACACAACUAGUAUCAAACAUACAACUAGUAUAAAAAAAACUCUUUCAAAAUUCAAUGAAAACCCUAGCAAACAAUGACAUUUGAAUACAGGAAAUUUAAUUUUUUUAAAGACUUUAAACAAUACACUCAAGACACAUUGCUUUAAAGUCUACUAUUCCAACUCAUUCUCACCCCCACUCUGACUGAUAAAUAAUGCUCGAUGGUGCUGGGUGCCAUUCGUGGCUAGACAGGGGUCAGUAGUACUUGGGUGGGCGAGGUCAAUAUUUUUACACAGCUGUUUAUGUCACACUUCUGUUUUUUUUCAUUUUGCUAAUGUUCAUGUGAGGCUAGCCCCAGGCUGGAGUAUAGCGCUAUAGAAGACCACUUUAAUUUUAAUAAUAGUAAAUGUCAACUGAUUAGAACUUUUGUCCACAGGGAAGGGGACCUUCACAUCACCUGUCAUGAGGUGACAUCAGAUAAGAGUGAGAGUAUCAACAUCCCCUGCCAUUGACGAUUGUCUGCAUUGUAGCUCCUAUGUACAGUCUUGCAUUGUGAUAUCUGUACCAAAAGCUCCGGAUACUUAAAUUGUCCUUUAUCAGAUGCUUCCAUCAUGAACAGAAUUUAGGUUACACUAUUUUUAGAAAGAAUAUUAUUUACUACUGUUAAGAACAGGAUGUGUGGAAUACAAAGUUAAUAAGUGGGAGAGACUACAAAGUUAGAAAAAUGGAAAUGAGCGAAACAAAGUAUGGGAAAACAGGAAAAAAAUAAUGCAAUAAAACAACAGACCAAAUGUGUUCAGUGAACAAACAUCAGUAAAAACAGAUUUCAAUAAAAAUAACACUUAGCUGAAGUGUAGUAUCUGAAGUGUCUGAAAGGUUGCUCUUCUUCCCAGGAUUUCCCAUUCUUUUUUUCUCUCAUUCCCAUAGAAUACAAGGGAGAGCAUUAGAAAUUGUAAAUGAGGUAUUUCAACAUUAAUCUUUAAAUGUAAUUUUUUAAAAUUAAUGUGAAGGAUUGAACUGUUGAAUUGCAAUGGCAGACUGGUGUUUUAAAAUGUGAACAGUUUAGGAACUGUGUGUGUUUUUAUAUCUCUUCGAUGACUUAACAAUCAAAGAAAGUUGCUGAUACAAAAUAUAAUUCUUUAUUGAAUUAGCUAGUGGGUUUGUAUGUGGAAACUAUAUUGCUGUACAACAGUUAUUUAUCUAGCAUUUAAAGUACCGGUAGUUAAAGAGAAUAAAAGCCUUCCACAUGCAUUAAAGUUUCUAUAGAUAUUUAUUAUUAUACAUUUGUAAAAGGAUUCGUUGUCACAAAUAUUAUUUGUAGUUUAGAUGGUCUGCAUAAAGGAUUAAUUUUUUAAGGAUAACCUGUCACAGACCAAAUCUCUUUUUUAUCAGUCAACUUUCUUCACAGUUAUUUGUCUUAGCUUAAAUCAACAGGCUGACCUUAAUCUUGACUUGCUCAUUGCAAUGCAUCAAUAGUUCAUUUUAAUCUCAUUGCAGAGAAUAAAAUUGUAUCUAAAAAAUGCCUUGAUCUGAGAAGAAUGCAAUGAAGAUAUCACUUUUCAUCUUUACCCUAGGAUGAUUCCUAUUCCAACAUCACUUGUUUUCAGCAUUUUUGUGUGCAUCACCUCUGUUACAAAAAAAGAAUAUCACAUCCGCCAAUGUAAUAGUCAUUGCAUCAUGUUUUGAAUGACGGAUUAUGUUGUGCAUCUCUACAAGGCAUCUCAAACAGUUUGCUUUUGGAGUCCACGAGCCUUCACAAACAUGGGAUACAUUAAGAUAUAAGACUAGGAAUAAGGACUAGUAAUAUUCAUAUAAUGUUGACCUGAAAGGAAUAACCAUUUUGUUAACAUGAUUUUUUUCAUGACUUUCUGCCAAUUUUUUGGGUGUGUGUGUGGGUGGGUUUUAUAAGCCAUUACUCUCAUGUAAUUUGUUUGAGAAAAUAAAUGACACAUGUUGAUAUAUUCUUAUCAUUCAUUUUGCAACCUAUCACAUGUUGAAUUCAUCUUUUGUCCAUUUCAUCAAGGGUCCCUUCUAAAUGUAUCAGUGAUGCCAGCCACACGCUAGGUGUGUCACGUGUUAGAAACCUCCUGUUAUUAUCAGUAUGAAAUAUAACGUACAGAGUACCCCGUAUGUUUGGUCAUUUAUUGGAGCACUGCAUGUGCUGUGUUCAUAAAAUAUGUAUCAUUUUAUCAAGUAAUAUAACAAGAUAUCCCACUUUGAAUGGGGCAGUAAAUAUUUGACAUUUCCAUAUUAUUUUAAAACAAUUUCUUGAAUAAUUCAACUCAAGAGGUUGGAGUUUAAGCCAUCAGUGUCAGGUUUAAUACAAUGGAUAAUUAGAUCAGAUUCAAAUGAAGGGAAACACUUCUAAACAAGUCAAUUAAUCAUGUACGCAUGUCUCAUUCCAUGUAUUGGAGACCUAAUGCAGUCAAUCCUGAACGUACGUCUCAAUCCAUAUAUGGGAGACCUAAUGCAGUUAAUCCUGUACGUACAUCUCAUUCCAUGUACGGGAGAC